AUGCCACCUAAAAAACGUAGUUCGGGGACGACACCGAACAAGGAGUUGAAGUCUGGGGCUGAAAGUGCUUCACUGGACAAGAAGGAGAGUCCAGAGCUAUCUUUAAAAAAGUGAGUAAACUUGUGUUUUCUCAGUCAGACUGCUGACAUUAAGAGAACAGUCAUAAUUUACCGUAAAAUGCGUUUACAUGGCAGUGUUUGUAACACAGCUCCCCUGUGCCCUGUGUUUUGUUUUUGCUAGCUAGCAGCUGUACUCACUAGCUUUCUCGCAAACAUGAAGCCGAGUCAGUCCUUAAAGCCAACACCUCUGUAAAAUCUGAAAUCCUGAGAGCUGUUCACUUCGGGGACUAACCUGAGCUGAUAUUGUUAUUACAUACAACUACAGUUAGAGUCAGAUAAACUUUGGCUGACAGUCAGGGAGGUCCUGAAGGCAGGGUGUGUUCUCAUCUGUGCAGCAUGUUUUGAUUCCGGUCACUGUGUGCCACUCAUGAUACUGAUUUAUUCUAUAUCUUACAGACACAGAGACAAGGAUGCUGAGUUCAUGAGUCUCUGUAAAGGUCUACAUGUGACAGAUGUAGUGUGUGACCACGCCUGGAAACUGUGGAAAGCUGUUCAAGACUCCAUGGAUGAAGUCGCUGUAUGUAUUACACUGUGUGCACCAUGUCUGUUCUUCUCAAGUGAUGGGUUGCUGUUGUACGGUGGCCAAGAACUGCCACUGCUGCAAAUAAAAAAAGAAUGCAAGAAAAAAGACAUCAUAACAGAAGUUACCAAUGUAAAAAAAUAAAAACAUAACACGAAACCGAAGCCCGCUGCAAGUAAAAAAAAAGAAACGGUGUAGAGAAAAAAACAAAACACACAACAGACGUUGACGACGCACCGGUAUUUUACGAUCUUUUUUUUUGGAAUCACCACUUUUUUUUGCGUCAUUAACUUCAGUUGUGGCUUUUUUUUUUUUAAAUCUGCACCGUUUCUUAUUUUUUUUGCAGCAGGCUUCAGUUUCUUCUUUUUCAUCGGUAACUUCUGUUGUGGCUUCUUUUUGUUUUGCAUUCUUAUUUAUACGCAGCAUUAGAAUUCUCGGCCACUGUACUGUUGGUAUUACAAUGCUAGAAAUAGUUUUUUUUCUUUCUCCUGGGUUUGUUCAACAUAAAAAGACUGCUGUGUUAUCUAGACCAAAAUUAUUUAUAUGAAAAUAUACUCGCACCAACAAUCUCUUGGUGGCAAUGAUCACAUAAUCUGAUGACACAAAAUUUAUUGUAAACCUUACAAUUUCUCAGGACAGACACCAAAUAAUUCAACAAAAAACCUGUACUCAUGUCUGAUUUUCUGUGAUUGUGUCGCUGCUAAAUGUUGAUUUUACUUUUUUAUGCUGAACCCUUUUCCUUCCUAACUUACUGUUUUAGUCUUGUAUUCCCACAGAAGCCCUUAUAGGAACUAAUAUUUUGAAGGAGGUUAAUAUUAGUUUUAGUUGGGAUUAUAUUUCAGUUCAACUGGACUGUGGGUUCAACCUUCCUUUUAAUUGUUUAAAUCUCUCUCAGGAUGUUAGUAAUGAAACAGUGUUAAGUUUUAUCAAGUUUGUAUAAGUUUAAACUCUUUUUAAUUUCAUUUCAGGACGGCCAGAAAAAGCUCUGGGGUGCUUGUCUGUUUGUGUCCAUCACAGACAUGAAUGUUCCCUGUUUCACCGUUACUCAGGUUCUGAAAGAAGUCAGUCUGAAGUAAGUACCAGAUCCUGUAUGUACUCACACUGUGUGAUCUCUGAUGCUGGCAAAUGAUCAUCAGCAAUCCCUGUGUAGCUUUGCUGUCCACAAUAAUCUUCGUUAUAGCUGUCAUUUUCACUGCUCGUAGUAAAAUCUCUUAAGAGUUUUUCUUUUGUUUCUUGCGAUUACAGCAAAAUGAUUUAUAAAAUUUUUUAGGUGUACAAUUUUAGAUUAUAAGUGAACAUAUCUAAUCUCUCACCCACAUUCUCUGAUUUCAGUGUAAAGCAGUUUGUGGCUCUGGUGAGGAAAUUGGAUGUGAACUUAGACACAAUAAGCACCAAGGUGAAUUCAGCUCUGACACGACUGGAGAACAAGUAUAAUGUGAUGUUGGCUCUCUACCAGAGGUUCGAGAAGUAAGUAAACUCAUGAAUACAGAGCAAGUGCUUAAUUCAUGUAGAAACAUUUGGAAAAAGUUGCAAAUCUUGAUAUUUCCCCUGUUUCAGAACAUGCAAGAAAAUCUUUGCUUUGGUGUCAGAAGAAAAGUGAGUUGGCAACAAACUUAUCACAUUAGUGCGAGUACACACAUCAUUUUUUUAAUGUCCUCAGUGUAAUACAGCUGCGUGAUUAGUGGUUCAUUUCCUCUUUCAAGGGAGAGGGAGAUCAUGCGGAGCUGUUGGACAAUGUUUCUUCUAGCAAAAGGUGGGUCAAACCUUACAAAUACAACAACAAAAACAAGGCGGAUCAGGCUGAUAACAAACUCUCAUGUCUUCCCAUCUUCUUCCCCUUCAUGCUUAUGUUUUAUUUUAGAGAUAAAAUUAAGAUAGAAACAAAAAAACUUCUUAUGUCACAGUUCUUUAGUUUCUCAGUCUGCAUCAGUAUUGUUGUGUCUCAAUGUGCUGUAUCUCUGUCUGCAGGAAGGGCUUUGCAGCUGGAGGAUGACCUGGUCAUAUCAUUCCAGUUGCUGCUUUGUACACUGGAAUUGUGCAUCAAGCGCUGUCCUCCUGAGCAUCUGCAGCCUCUUUACAGUAAGUUUAGCUAAAAUUUACAACAUCUGCCACCACCUCAAAUGAUUCUUCGUUUAUACCUGUCAUUGUACACCCUCAAAAGUUUUAAGACAAAGGAUUUCCCCAUAUAAGACAAAACCCAUGUUUGAAUCAGAGUGUAAAAAUGGCGGCAGAAUUCUUUGUCUUUUAACCAAACUAGUUGUUCACUAUAAAGGUAUUUGAAGUAUAAAUAAAUACUCAUUCUGGUCUAAGUCUGUGGCUGGUUCACAUAAGUUUUACCCACUGAUCAGUGGAGACGGAAGUUCAAAUGAGGGAUGUAAAACUUGAUCUAACCAGAGUGACUUCCUUGUCAGACUUAAAUACUAUUUACAGGAAGUCAGCAACACCUACGUGAUGUAUUCAACAUCAGACCCACGGUGGGAUCAGGUCUGUCUGAGUGGAUUUGCAUACAUUCAGUACGUGAUAAUACAUGACAAAAGGUAGACUGAAUUCUGGGUUCCUGGGUAAGACAGAUCAUACAGACGUGACGCUGGUAUUAUAAAGACAAAAGGCAGACAGGAUAAAUGAAGUGAAGUUUUCACUGGGCAAUACAUUGGCUAAAGUUUUAAUCAAAGAGAUCUGUGUCCACACUUUAGAUGUUACUAUAACAAGGUUUUAACAAAGGUAUACAAAUAGGAUUAUACAGGGUACACUUGAAACACGAGACUAAAAUACUAUCAGGAUUUUCUACUUCCACAUUCCCAGCUAUGGCCAAAAUGGAGCGUUUUAAUCAAGAACAAAUUUUGUUGUUUUUUUUUCUUCUUCAGAAUCAGCCAUCAGCAAAGUUCAGAGCCCCUUGACACGAACAUCCCGUCGAAACCAGAGCAAAGCCAAAUCCCGACCUGCAGAGCCAGAGGUGGAUCUGCAGCUUCUCAAAACUCUGUGCAAUGAGAACGAAUGCAACACAGAAGAGGUGAAGCCCCGUUCAUAACACACCUCCUACAGUCACUGUAUACUCACAUAUCUGUAUUGCCUGUUCUGUUAUUGUAUUUGGUCUAAAUUUCUGUGUCAUUGUGUUUGCAGGUGAAGAAUAUUUACCAGACUAGUUUCUCUGCCUUUCUGGACUCGCUAGAUCUACCAAGAUCUCAGGAGUUUCCUCAGGUGGUUUUUUCUUUUACUACAUUUGCUCUAUUGUUUGUUCUCACUGCCAGCCUUUGUUGUACUGUUGCCAUAGGUUAUCUCUUCCUGCUCGCUGUUGCCAGAGGUGAAUGUUUGAGUGGCCGACAGCUGUUGGUCAGACAUGUUUGUUUUGACAUACAUGGUGUCAGGAAUAUGUGUUCUCAAGCAGAGGGUCCUUUCUGAGCGUGUCAGGGCGUUAUACAUAGGGGCAGUAUACUAACAACAGAGACAGGAAGCUCCUGUUUGCUGACACCAUCACACUUCUGUGGAGGACAUAUUUGUUUUACUGCUCCAUUUCCCCUCAUAAUGGACAGAUGGUUUACAUUGUUUACACAAAUGUCUCAUUUUAGUUCUGUGGAUGUUUGUAUGAAUUAAUUGUUCUGGAUACAGUGGAGUAUAAACAUGACCGUAAAAGGUGACCGUAUAACACACACGUCGGAGUCUAGGAUUCUCAUGUAGCUGCAGAUAAGCGGGAGUUUCACUAUGUCCAUUUAUUUUACAUUAAACAGAUCUAUUCAGACACAUACAUUUUCCCUGAUGUCAUAUUUUGAUGGAUUUGCUGUUAUUUGGGUCAGUUCAGCCAGCGGCACAAAAAGUAGUUAGUCUUAAUCAAAGUCUGUAAUAAAGUUCCUGUUCUUUUACAACAGGUCAGAGUUAAUUAGAUUUUCUCCUUCUGAAUAGUGUGUGAGAUUUACUAUGAGUGACCUCACACUUACAUUGUUAUUAAUUCUGCACCACAGGUGUCUGACCUCAACCAACAGUAUGAAGAGCACUACCUCAAGAGUAGAGACUUUGAUGGCCGGCUGUUUUUUGACGGGGAUGAGACUGUUCAAGCACCGAAAGUGGAGAUGUAAUGUCCUCUCUUCCCCGUGAUUCAGUGUUCUGAUGCUUGUUUUAAACAGAAGUGUAAUGAUGAACCCUGUCUUUAGAUCACAGGUGGAGAGAACGCCAAAGAAAAACCUUCUAGAGGAAGACGCCAUAAUCAUUCCCCCUCAGACUCCAAUCAGGUGAGUAGAUAGCGGUCACCCCGUCAACAGCUGAUUCUAUAUGUUGUGUUGGAAGUUUGCACAUACCUUUAUUUUUAAAUGCACCGUUUUCAUCAAUCAAUUGCUUGGUUAAUAGAAAAUCAGUAUCGCAAUAUAAACCCCUAUUUAUGAGCAAGGUUUAAGACAAGCAAACAAAACAUCUAAACAAAAUUGAAAACAAACUUAGGAAUAAACAAAAGACUCAAUAAAAGAACUAAAAGAACUGAUUAACUAACUGAGAAUACAAAAAAAAGAUACAAACCUUCCUUUCUAAGUGUAGACUGGUGGCUGACUGCUGCAUUUGUCUGUGAUUUAUGUGAAUGUUCAGAGCUGUAUGAAAAUUGGAAAUAAAGAGAGAGAAACUCUAACAUUUCCCAGAAAACAAAUCAAUGAGUAAAAAAUGAUUCAAACCUGUUGGCUGGCUUACCUGCCAUAUAUUUCCUUGGGAGUUGUAUUAGCAAAGGACACCUCAUGUCACAGUCAGCGGAUUAAGGAAAUGAUAAUUUGGGUGUGGAGUGAACUUAGUUUAAAAGAUGUUGAAUUAUGACAAAUUUGAAGUUUUGUCCCUAAAGAUGUUAAAAAAAAAAAAAAAAAGAAUUUCCACUGUCUGUUUAAAGUUUGAAAUUUUCAAACAUCAGAGAUUGUUGUGGCUUUUUUCCUGCUCUUUACAAUUUCUCUUUUGUCUCAUCAGAGCUGCCAUGACCUCCAUUCAACAGCUGAGAGGUGACCUCACCUCCAGUGGAGACCAGCCAUCCACGAACCUGGCUACGUAUUUUAAAGUAGGCGAAGAACAUAAUUUUUCAACUCAUAUUAAAAAAAUGUAUGGAAGUGCUUCCAACUACCUGAUUUUAAUAUUUCUUUUCUUGUUAUCAGAAUUGCACUGUGGACCCGACACAGGACGUGUUGAAGCGUUUAGAGACUCUUGGUCUGGCGUUCAGUCAGAGUUUUGGUCAGGCAGUGGGACCGCAUUGUGUUGCACUUGGCAGACAGGUAUGAAAGAAUCCUCAUAAAACAAUGAGCAGCAGUGAAAACUGAUAAUAUUCAGAAAUGAACGGUCUGUUUCCUGUGUCUUUUUGUUUUUCAGAGAUUUACGCUGGGCGUCAGACUAUACUACAAAAUCAUGGAGGCAAUGCUGAAAUCGGUAUUUUAUUUAUCCCACUCUUGUACAGUAAUGAAGUUUUUCAUUGAUUUUCUUUUUAGGGGCUCAGGUUCAUGAAAUCUUAGGGGUAAACUGAAUGGUAAACUUAGGCUUAUUUGAUCAAUCUGUUGUUUGUUAGUUUUCUUUGAACUUCUGUUCACUUUGUAUGCUCUUAAUACAAAACCUGUAAAUAAGAAGAAUUUGAAGUUACAUAUAAUAAUGAAUAAUGAUUUCUUGCUUUUACAUUUUAGGAAGAGAAACGGCUGUCCGUGCAAAAUUUCAGGUAUUUGUGUUUUUUUUUUAAAUGUGCAAAAUUAGAAUAAGUUGUUAGUGUUUUCUUUUUUUCUUUCGUAAACCUUGUGCAUGUGUCUUUAUAGUUCAGUUUUACUGCUUUCGGCUAAAUCACAUGAUUUCUGUUUCAGUAAACUCCUCAAUGACUCCACAUUUCACACAUCCCUCUUGGCCUGUGCUCUGGAGGUAGUUAUGGCAACAUAUGGAGGUAUGUCACGCAAGUCACUAACACACACAGUCUUCUUUGAUCUGAAUUAUCUGUCGUAUCUUUGUUGCUAGUAGUACUAGUGACUGAGUGCGCUUGUUGUGGUUUGGAUACAAGUUUAUACGAUGUUGGUUGUUUCUCCAUCAGAGAGCAGCUUUAAGACUGGAGGACACAACCGGGGCAAUGGUGACACCACUGAAACAGACAUGUGUUUCCCCUGGAUACUGGAUGUGGUCAAUCUGACUGCCUUCGACUUCUACAAAGUUAUUGAGAGUUUUAUCAAAGCCGACCCCACUCUGAGCAAGGACAUCGUCAAACACCUGGAGACCUGUGAGAACCUCAUCAUGGAAAGGAUUUCAUGGAGAACGGUCAGUUUGAUUUCUUGUCUUUAAAUAUAGAGUUAAAAUGUCACAUGUACAAACCCACGAAGACUUGAAAACACUCUGAACACAUGCAGCUUUUUAACACGUAUGUGCCUAUAAUAAGAAAACACUUGUAUCAGAUAAAGCUUAAGUUACAGAUGUUAUGGAAAAUCAACAUAUACUCAGUAAACAGAGUAUACUGACAAACAGAGUCUUGACCAAACUCGAGGAAAGCCUUCCUGAGCUGUCAGGUGUGUAUCUGAAUACAGUCAGUGUGUACUGCUUGUACCUCUGAUACAAUCAUUGUGUACUGCUUGUAUCGCAAAUAUGUGUGUGUAUGGGUGUGAGUCUUCCGUCAUCAUGGGUACAUCAUAUCUAUCCUCCAGAAGGCUACCCAUGAUGAUGUGUUGUACUGUUCCUAAACUCACCACUUUGUUUAGAUUAGUUUUAACCCUCUUAGAGAUGAGCUCUAAAUGUUCUGGUAGACUGAUAAGUUUUAGUCCCUGCAAAAGCAGCUUUGUUUACAACCUCCUGGUUAUGAGGCUGCAUAAGUAGGCCAACCCAGCUUAUUUGUAACCCCUUAAUAAAAGAUAAUCACUCUAUAUUUCUUUACCUAAAUGUAUGGAAAGAUUCUACUACACAGACUGUUUCUGUUCUUCAAAAAUAAGGCGAAUGAAAAGGUAUCAACAUAUUUACCGCUCCAUUAUCUCCAAAGAGCAUUUUUAUAAAAUCUGGCAUGUUUCACUUUGGUUUACAAUUUAAAAAAUCAUCAUGUUUUAAGAUUUCACACACUCAUCUGAAGUGACUCUGACAAAAUAAGCUGGAUUAAGACGAGUAGCACUGAACCCUAAACAGGCUGCAAAGGCUCUGCUUUCUGCAGCAGUAUGCUCAAGUGAACGCUGUUUGAACGCUGACGUGUUAAACACACACAAGAGAUUUUUAUUCAGAAGCAGUUUUCUGUUUGGGUGAGUAAAGUUCUUCAAAGUCAGAUAAUGUUCCUAAGGUAGGUAUCUUGCUCUUUUUUUCAAGACAGUCACUCUCCUGGUGGUUCUGUGGUCUGAUCUGUGUCAGUGGGUGCUGCUGCCUCCACCACCAGGUGUCUCUCUUUGCACCAUGCUGCUGGAGAAAUAGUAGAUGAGUGGGUUGAGGCAGCAAUUGAAGCUUGCUAAUGAUAGCACAACUGGGUGCACAGCUCGAGUGACUUUAGCCAGGCCACAAUGGGGCAGCAGCCCCACGUGUGUCAGUGUGUAUCCCAGGAGGUUGAGGUGAUAGGGGACGAAGCACAGCAGGAACACCGCCAGCACCAAGUAAAUGAUUCUGAGCGUGUGCUGGCGGCUGUGACGUUUUCUGCGGGAGCGAUGUCUCGGCUGGCGGAGCACACUUAGCACUCUGCAGUAGCUGUAGAGAAGAACCACAGUGGGCAGAAGAAAUGACCCAAAGACUAAGCCCAGGGCUACCAAGAUGAUGGUGCGGUGGCGGUUCAAGGACGGGUCCAGCAGGCAGGGUCGGUGCGGGUGAGCGGCUGCUGAGCGCAGUAGAGGCAGACCCACACUGAGCCCGAGCACCAGGCACCAGAUACCCCCACUCAGCAGCUGUGCAGCACGUUUUCUUCGAAGAGCUGACGCCAGCGGGUGCACUACAGCCAAGUAACGGUCCACAGCAAUGCACACCAGGAAGAAGAUGCCUCCAUAUAGGCUAAUGUACUUGAGGAUGAAGGUCACAUGGCAGUAAGCCACCCCAGGAGUCCAGCUCAUGGGGGCUUUGGCUUUCUGGUUGUAGUAGUAGAUUCUCAGGGGCAGCGAGAUCACGAAGAACAUGUCAGCAGCUGACAGGCUGAUCAUAUAAAUGCUCGUGCUGUUCAUCGUGCAUUGAGAGUGGCACAGUCUGUGCAGAACCAGGCCAUUGGUGACCAACCCCAGCAGGAAGAUGACGCUGUAGGACACUUGAUAGAAGACGAAGCGGUAGCUGGUGUCCACAGUGCAGUUUGACAGGAGUAACAGUGCUUUCUGUGGCUCAUCUGUUGUGUUUAACAGCUCCAUCUCCCGUGAGAUUUUCUGCUCCUCUUCCACUUGAAAUCACAGUGUUGUCAUUUUCCGAGGACAGGCGCCUUUUCAAACGCAAUAAAAGAAGAUGCACAGGUGCUUCUCCUGGAACCGUCAAACCUGCAGCGAGUCAGAAUUUAAUAAACCUGAAAUGUCUGCUUUUUUUUUUAUAGAAAGUAAAUAUACUGAGGUGACUUGAAUACACUUCAUAAGCCAACACAGCUAAAUUAAUAUUUGAUAUGCAAGACGACUGUCCGACGCAUUCUGACAAUAAAGUUUAACAGGCAAUUCCUGACUCAUAAAAACAGCAAACAUUUAGUUUCAUUACAAGCAGAGCGGAGGAAAGCAAAGAUGUCACUGCGAUGCUACUGCCCACUGGUAAACACACACAGUCAGCUAAGCUCGUCUCUUUCACUGAGGUGGUCCAAGGUGUUCAUCUAAAUGUGUGCCUUUUAUUGCAUAAGUAAAUAUCUCAUAAAUAUGUAUCCUGCUGUCAGAUUUAGGGAUCUCUGAUAGUGAGCAUUCUUUUAUUCCGUAUUUUGUACUGUUUGGUACAUACCAUCCUGAUUUUUGGGACUCUGUAGCUCUGAUCUUUGAAAUUCUUAUGAAUUAUUUGGCCCAAAAUUUAGGCAGCUGGAAAAAUCCACAAAUAAAUCUAUAAAUCCACAACAUAAAUGAUUUUUGAGUUUCAUCAAUAUUGCCACUUCUUUAGGAAUCACACCUGAGCCACUAAGCUGGCUAAGACAUUACUGACCAGGUCACUUAACUUGCAUGUGGUUUUUCAACAUUGCUUAAGUCUCUUCAAAGGCAUUUGAAAGGUCAGAUUUUUUUCCACAUAUUUCUUCUCUCAUCUGACUUAAAAUUCAUCUUCUUUCUCAAUACUCAAUAUCGUAAACUUCAGUCAUCUGAUAAUAGCUGCUGUAAAAUAACUAAGCUGUUAGUGUCUGAUCAUUUGUAACUCUCGAAUUCAUUGUGACGUGAUCUUUUUACAUCAUUUCAUUGUUACAUUUCAAUUUCAUACAUUUUUCUUCAGAUAAUCUCUUUCAGUCUUCUUAUUUAAAUCCCAUGAAUUCAAAUGUUUCUGCCAAACCCUGAUAAGAUGAUGAUAAAUCAUUUUUCAUUUCAUAUGUAUGUAGUACAAAAAUUUACGUGUAUAUUAACGACACGAGAUUAUAUGAAAGCAUAAUCAGGGAAACAGAGGAAAGUAUUAACAAGUAGAAGUAGAAAAACUCACCAAUAUCAGGAUCUCGCCAACGCAGUGAGCGUGUGAUGAAGUUAUUUGUCCAGUCAGCAGGUGUUCGGUAGCAGGACGUCUUGUAAGGAUGCUAUAACCGUUCACGCCUACACUCACGCACGUCUCUGUCUCUCUCUCGCUCUCUCUCUCUCUCUUUCUCUUUCCCUUUUUUCCUUCAUUCUUUCUUCCCUUUUCUCUCCCUUUUAUCAAACACUUUUUGAUUUAUUUAUAUUUUGCCUUUAUAGUCAAAAGUAUGUAAAAUAUGGUCUCCCUGUUCCAGUAGGUUCCCCUCCUUUUGUUUUUUUUUUUUACAUUUUAUUGAACUGUAGUGUGUCGUCAGCUUCAAAUUGAGUAGCAGAUUGUUUCGUUACCUUUUGGGAAGGAGUCAUGUUUAUGGCUGCCUGCUAUAAACCUACAAGUGAUUGUGGGUAAUAGUUAACUCUGUUUGUCCGUCAGCUGAUAAAGGAAUAACCAACAACAAGGUGUUGUAAUCAGACAUCUGUGUAUUUUGCGCAUCCUUCUCUGCAGCCUUUGGACCGGUACUUGGUCCAGUGGGAAAACAAUCCAGUAUAUGUCCCACACUGUGGAUGUCGAAGCCAAAGAGAGAACAGAUUUAAUGCACUGUAUUUCUCUAUUAAUCAAAUAUUAAGUUGUAAGGGUUAAAUCAAGUCUCUUUACUGUGGCAGAAGUAUUAAAUGCUUUUUAUUGCAUCUACAGAGAAGUGCUAAUUCUCACCUAAACCACACCUCGCUUCAUUUCUAAACAAACCCUCAUCAGACAGUUAAACCACAGCAGCUCUGACAUGCUUAAGGUUUUGGUUUUGAUUUCAGUAAAUACUGACAUAACAACUAAGUCACUCAUCAUUUCACCCUUGUGAAAAGAUUUGAAUGAAAUAGUGUUAUUAAAACAAACAGAGUGAGAACAUUGAAUCACAGAUGUAAUUCAUUUGUCAUAUUCAAACAAAACAUUAGGAUUGGCCAAAAACUAGAGGUGGUGGUGACAGUCUGACAACUUCACUCAAUAAUCUCAUUAUUUGGAUACCAAAUUAUAAUAUCUUUAUUAUUAAUUUUAAUACAAUCUACAAAAUCAAGUCAACUCAAAGUCAUCCAGAUUGAUGUAAACAAAGCCAAUCUAUCUAAAACAGCGCAAUAUCAGAUAUCUAAGUGUUUCUAUGACUUGAACGGGGCAAACUCAGACUUAAUAAACAGCCUCAAAAGUGUCUCAACCCACAGUGUCCAGUUAAUUUUAUGUAUUAUCCACUGGGUCUUAUGUUUGCUGUAAUCACAACUGUGCUCUAUUUUGUAAACGUACUUUUCUCUUCAGAGGCAUGUUGUCGCUCGCCUGCUCAGGUUUCACAAUCUUUCCCCUCAGCGCAGUGCCGGUGAUGAGUCUACCCAUGUCAGCACAGACCCUCAGGCGAAGCUUCUCAACAGGAAUGCAGUAGCGCUCAGUCUUGCAGCACACAGCUUUUACAAGAAGGGACAAAAUAUUUCACAUGCAUUCCAGCUUCACCAAAUUGUAUUUAUACGGUAAUGUGCGUUGUUGCGUUAGUGUUUGAUUCCUAAAAAACGUAUUUAGUGGAUCAGAUUUUCUCAUAAACUUUUGGAGACUGAGUCUAAAUCAGUCCUGUGGAUAAAUAACCAAAGAUUUACUGUAGUUCUUAGUUAACACGUUGAAUUUUACAAAAACAAAGGACUUUACUGACAUCUUUGUGUUUGUAAGGGCCAAAAUCACAUACAGAAUCGAGCAGUCUUUUAUAAGAGGCAGUGUUGGUUGCCAUUGUUUGUCCAUGCGACAUAGCUGCCAGAUACUGACCACACCUGUAAUCUACAUUUUAAAACGUAUUGACUCAUCCUGCACUUGUGGUACUUGACAGCCAAAGUUCACUAUGACUAAGAAGUCUAGACAAUAUGUUUUGUUGCACUCGCACAGUAAAAUAUGGAUUAAUGUAAAAAUACUCACAGCACCCUGCUCCAUCAAGCACAAGAAUUUUAUUAGCUUUAAGCAGAGGAGAUAAAAACUCAUAUAGAGCAGACUGCCCUAUAAAGUGCUCAAAGGUCUCGGUGAGGCCACAGUUACUUAAACUCCACUCAGUUCAAAACAUCAACAUAAUUUAAUACUGGUUGAACAGCCUAAUUUUCCAGAAAGAGAAUCUGCUCAGAGGAAUACGUUUACACAAACACCAUCAGCUCAGACUUGUUUGACGCACCAUGUCCAUGACUCUGGUGUUAGCACCUGUGGCUUGUACUGAUAUACAGCAUUACACACUUACAGUGUCUCAGUACAAAUGAAAGAGUCCAAACUCAAACAGGGAUUUACUCAGCAUCUCACUGUUUUCUGCAAACGCCUCCUCUCUGACUUGUUCCACUCUAUUGACUAAAGGGAUCAAGGUUUUAAGUCUUUAUGGCGUCCUGUCGCUGAGAGAGUGACUCCUUAGUAACCAUCGUGUUUAUUGGUUGUUAUGAUCCUCAAGGUCACUCGGUUUCCACCUCCAUCUUGCAAUACUGAUCAAGUUUUACCAGCAAUACUCACUGAAUUACAAAUACUGUUACAUAACGGAGUCGCCGUCAGACUGAAGACUCAGUUUCAAACAUUUUGGGUCUCAUAGACCGUAGCGUCAGGCUUUUGGGUGUUGUGUUUGGACUGCUCUGUGAGCUGUCCAUCUGCAGCCUGUCAAACAGCCUGGCACCAUUGUGCCACACGGUGGACUUGCGUUUGAUGGAGCUCUGAAUGGACUCUGAGGUGAAGUAGUAAAUAACCGGAUCAAAACAGCAGUUGGUCACUGCUAUGCACAAAGCAAUGGGGUAGAUUGUUCUGACCACAUAUUCAGCGUCGCAUCCCCUGAGGAUAUUUGAGCGGACCAGGGCGUAGAAAAUGAGGUUUACAUUGUAGGGGAUGAAACAGAAGCAGAAGAUGAGCAGAUGCACAACAAUCAUCCUCAGGAUUUUGGCCUUGUUGAGGUUCCCUCCUCGGCUGAUGGUUUGGGGUCUCCUCAGCGUCCGUAGCACCAUGAUCGAGCAGAAGACGUUGAGCAUCAGUGGGAUGAUGAAGCCAACUGUCUCGAUGAACACCACCACUUUAGAGAGCUCGGCUUUCCACUGUUUUUUGGAGUAGUUCUCAAAGCAAUAGUGUGCAGAUGAGUUUACAUUUUUUGGUGAACUUGUAUCCAAGAGAAACCCAGUGGGUAUGCUUCCAGAAAGAACCAGCACCCAUACCGUUAAGCAGGCCAGUUUAGCGUUCCUCUUUGUGCGGAUAGUCUGUGACCUGAACGGGUGCACGAUGGCCAGGAAUCGAUCAACACUGAUACAGGUGAGGAAGAGGAUGCUGCCAUACAUGUUGGUGUAGAAGAGUGCAACAGAGAUUUUGCAGAGCACGCUUCCAAACAUCCACUCCUGUUUGAUGAAAUAAACAAUCCGAAAAGGCAGACUGAGGACAAAGAGAGAAUCCGAAACAACAAGGUUCAUCAUGUAUGUCGUGGUCUCAUUUCGCAGCUUCAGUGUACAGCAAAAAAUGUACACUGCCACCAUGUUGAAAAGAAGUCCGACCACAAACACAAUACUGAAAACAGAGCUGUACAGGGGGUACUUGAACUCAUCACUCUUGUUGCAGACCAUGUGAUUUUGAUUGAUACCCAUGACCCCCAUUUGCAUUGAGCUGUUAUACAUUUUUAGACCCCUCUGGAAAGUCUCAAACAUACGAAGAGUGAAUAAUAAAAAAUCUCAUCGGUUGUGGUCUUUUGUCAGUCAAGAGAUUCAAGCUCAGCGUGUUGAAACAGCCAUGUGCAGCAGACAGGGAACAUUAACAUUUCACCUGGGUUUGAAAAAAAAAAAGUCCCAAGUUAGUGGCAGGAGUUCACUUUGUGGGACAAACUGAAAAAUAAAAGUAUACAGCAAUUCCACAGAGUACCUGUACCAGAAUCCAAACACUGUGAACUUCUGUAUGCAGCAGCUGUCCUUUAUGUCCAAUUUAUGUCCAAUAAUCCACAGUUAGGGAUCGUUUUCUGUAGUCUCUUCUCUCUGUCCUUUACAGAUAAAAUGUUGAAAUGUUUCCUCUUUUUAGAUAAGAGCCAUGUGCUUCUCUUCAGCCUGGUGAGCGGCCUGGUGGUUCUUCCCUUCUUGAUUUCUCUCUUGCCUUUUCCUGUGGCAGCUCUGAGGAGAAGGAGGUGCAGCAGCUAUACUGACUCUUAACCUCGUAACAAGAGGAAAGUCAGAGGCUCCGCCACAAAGAACACACUGAAACGGAGGGAGGAGUCUCUCUCAGAGCCAAAGUCCUCCCCUUACUGCCUUUGUUUCUGCACUUACCUGAAAUUUGAAUAAUGAGAUCUUGUAAGAAAUGGAUGUGGCUCAUGAAUUUCAUUUACAGAUUACUUCUUCUUGACUGCUAAAAAAUCGUUUCAAUCAUCUCUCAAAACAUCAAAGAAAUGUGUGUACUCAGCAGGGCACUGGAUUGUUUACCUGCUUGAACAACCUGCAGCACACUUUCAGAGCUACUGAAUGCAUAGUUGACACUAAAUACCAAAAAAGCAAUAAGAUAUUGCAGCAUCCUUAUCAGUAUUUUAUCAAUAAAUGCUCUCAGGCUUUCAAGUGUACUUUUCAAAUGUGUCUGGCGUCAGCCAGGCGUGGCAAGCAUGUCAUGAAGAAUGUCUUCACAGCAGGUUUGUACCUGCUUUUACUGUGUAAAUCACUGAGUAGUAAACCACACCCACUUCCCUGCAUGAUCUCAUAGCUCACUUCUGCCUUGGUGUGUUGCACGUUUAUAGUCACGUGCACCGGCGUUCUGCUCGUCUUGUAUUUUGGACCAAAAAAGUUGUUGGGUGUAGAUAAUUGCUGAGUUGGUUCCCAGGUAUAAUGCAUUUUCAAUAACCAGAUUAUAGGCUGAUCUCUACAAUGACUGCCAUUUUUCAGUUAAGAUAUUGCAGGGUGUGGUGUAGAGUCAACAAAAAACCAUGAACAGAUGCACUAUCAGUCUGUGGUUAUAAAUUAACCUCUGCUUUGUUGCAGAUAAAUCUGGCAUACAAAAUUUAAUCGAAAAUAUACUGGUACUCAUUUACCAUUCAACCUGCCACUUAUUAAACUAGGACAGAAGAAAAGGGUGGGAAGCUUUGUUCUCAUUGUAUUUAGAGACAAGAGGAAGACUUUUGGUUGAUGUACUAACAUGCUGAUAUACCAUGACGCUUGUUAACAGACAAACAAACUCUAUACGAUGCAAAAACAAAGCAGCAAAUGAUAUAAUACACAACAAAUGACAGGUUAGUCGAUGUGCUGUGGCACUAAUGAAUAGUUGUCAGAGGUAGUUAUGUAAAUGCUGAGUCAUCAGAUUACACAGUUUGCACAAAUUAUUGAAGCGUUGUGAUAAGUUGUUUCUGUGUAGAAAGGGCUUGUGGGAGUGUAGUGCGGCUGUUCAUCAUGGAUGUUUCCAGUAAGAUUCACCGUCGUACAACAUAAAAAUACAAUAAUUCUGAUUCUGCCGGAGGUUUCUUUAAGCCCUGCUGAUGUUGCAUAAUCAGAUCUAUGAACAAAUAGCAGUAACUCCAGUGAGAUUGCCAGGGUUGAAAUUGUGCUUGUACGGUAACAUAAAUAAUCGUGCGACUCAGAAGUUAAGAGGAAGUCUAAUCUUAGAAAAACUGCCUUUCUAUAACAGCUCUCUGUAGGAUUUCACUAUUCUCCAAAGUAAUCUCCAGUAAACUGUAACUUUAAUGUAAAAGAAAAAAAAGAGUCCCCAGUGUUUUUGUGAAUGUCAAACAUCAGCCUCUAUGUGCGUGUCUCUGCAGGGCUCCCCUCUGUUUGAGCUGCUGAAACAGGAGCAUGAUGGCGGUGCAGCAGAGCAAGUGGAAACUCCAGCGAGCUUCAGCCAACCACUACAGCACAACCACACUGCAGCCGACCUGUGAGUGUCUUAAGCGUGCUACUUAACCGUUUGUGUCUCAUUGCUGUUUUUAGAAACUGUUAAUGGUAUUGUGCAAAACAACUGUGAGUCAUAGCGAGCGGGCCUUCAUCAUAGCCUUGAAAUUGAAGGUAUCUGUAAAGUUCCAUGACUAAUUCUCCCCAUGAGCCUUUGUGCAGCUUUGAGCAUCCUCGUCUACCUCAUUGUCAAGCGUUUUAUCUCACUAUAAUGGGUUUCUUUGCAGGUAUUUGUCUCCUGUGCGUCCAGGCCUUCGCAUCCUGCCUCCUGAGUCUCCAGCCGCGCCCACUUCUCUGGCUUCCUCUCAGCCCCCUGCCCAGACAGCCAACCAGACUCCAAGACUUCCAAAAUCCAACUCUCUCAGCCUCUUCUAUAAAAAAUGUGAGCGGCUGUUUGAGCUCACACAUAAUACAGAUAUACGACACCGCCAUGAUCCAAACUAUUUUUCAUAACACUACAAUAUUUAUUUCUGUGGUUGCUUUACUUAAUGACAAACUGGAAAUGAAUAAGAUAAUCCAAUUAGACAUUAUAGAGUAAAGGCUUUGAGAUAAUAAAUCUGAUACAAAUAAUCAGUUUUUUUCCUUCAGUUUACAUCCUUCUGUUCUGGUCGUCCUUAACUCCACCUGUUUCCUCCUCUAGUGUACCGCCUGGCCUAUUUAAGACUGAAGAUGCUCUGUUCUUACCUGCUAUCAUCCCACCCUGAACUCGAGCCCAUCAUAUGGACCCUGUUCCAGCACACCUUGCAGCACGAGUAUGACCUAAUGAGGGACCGCCACCUUGACCAGGUUACACACCAAACUAGCCAUUCUUUCCCUUUGUUUUCUUAUUCACUCUUUUCUUUUUGCACAUGUUCGUCUAACUACUCCCUGUCUUUCUUUCAGCUGAUGAUGUCCGCCAUGUAUGCCAUAUGUAAAGUGAAGAGUGUUGAUCUGCGCUUCAAGACCAUCGUCACAGCGUACAAGAACAUGCCAAACACCAACCAGGAGGUGACGUCUUCAACUUUUCUGUAACUUUUAUUACGCUGUUUACUGGAAACACCACGCUCUGUAUGAAAUGAUGACACACGUUGGUUUAAUUCGUACGUCGUUGUUUGUGUCACACUCUUUUUUUCGCAGACUUUUAAGCAUGUGUUGAUCUCCGAGGGCCACUUUGACUCCAUCAUCGUCUUCUACAACCAAGUGUUCAUGCAGAAGCUGAAAACCAACAUCCUACAGUAUGCGUCCACCAGGGUGAGAGACGUCUCUAUGUAGACUCGAUCUUUAAUAAACAAGUUUGUGUUUUCUUCCCUCUCUCUUACUGGAGCCUCUCUUGUGUCUGCAGCCUCCCACCCUUUCUCCAAUCCCACAAAUCCCUCGCAGCCCCUACAAGUUCCCUAACUCGCCUCUGCGUGUGCCUGGAAGCAACAAUGUCUACAUCUCUCCUCUGAAAAGCUCUCGCAUGUCCCCGGGUAUCAUGACUCCUCGCUCUAGGUGGGUCCUGUAAACUCAUGAGAGAUCAUUAUCGUACUCCUGCUCCACAUGAUUUUCUUAACAGUGUCUUUUUUUUGUUGUUUACAGAAUGCUGGUGUCGAUCGGGGAAUCUUUCGGGGUAUGAUCCUCCUUUCUUUGCAUUUCAUAACAGUAAAAAAGAAGAUCUCUUUUUAUUACUCACUUACUCAUCUUUCCGUUAUCGUCUGCAGCUGUCGAACCGGUUCCAGAAGAUCAACCAGAUGGUAAACAGCAGCGAUCGCUCCUUUAAGAGGACUCUGGAGUUUGGCUCCCCUCCAAAACCUCUGAAGAGGUUACGAUUCGAUGUGGACGGACAGGAUGAAGCUGAUGGCAGGUAGGUGGUGUCACAUGGUGUUGUGUAUAUAUUUGAUACAUUUUGAACUCGAGACACUUGAUUCAGUGAUAUGAUUUAUUUUCAUCAACAGCAAAUCUGGAGGAGACUCAACACUGAUUCAGAAGCUUGCAGAGAUGAGUGAGUGAAAAAAAGUUUCCACAUCCACUCUCUCUUUUUUUUUUGCUGUUUUGUAUUUUUCAGUUGGCUUCUCAUGUCGUAUUGAAACCCUGUGACUCCUUUCUUGCAGGCUCCACUCGCAGCCGUAUGCAGGAGCAGAAGAUGAAGGAAGACGCAGAGUCCAGGAAGGAUUGUCUCUGA